CACGUUCGACGAUUCUGCAUGGAAUGACACCAGAGAGUUCUGCCAGUGCCAUCCAGGCAUGUUUCAAGUUCACCUCUUCAAUUUGAGCGAGCUCACACGCCUGUCACCUUUUGUGUCUGGAAUUAUGUAAUUUGACCUAAAGUAAAGUUCCAUACGAAUUUCAUAAUCUCACCAUCGAGGGCGAGGCAACAGGGACUACUUGCAAUCUGCCGUCGUUGACUGACUUCAACAGCAUUCAACAAUUUCAUACGGGUAUAUUAUCUAGCGACGCUAGCAAUGUCUCCUGGUUAGGCAGCGACAUGCGGUCAUUCAUUUUGGCUCUGAACCCAGAACUGGAAGAUUUCGUCAUCAGAGCAGCAACAUGCUAGCAGCAGCUGGAAGAAUAAGCAAGAUGAUCUCUGAAUGUGAACGGAUAUUGUCCAAGAGUGAUUAAAACGAGAAACGAAGACACAGGACUUGGCUACAAUGAGUCCUACGCCUUCUUCAGACCUAAGGUCCCAGGACAUUCCAGAGUUAGCUGCUCCUCGUCCUGAGUGGUCUGUGGAUAUCAAACUGACACACAUUGACUGCAACCCUGCGGACAUUUUGGUGCACUUCCAGGGUCAGUAUGUGUCAACUUGUGAAUUGGACUACAACAUACUCAGAGUGGAGAUCCAGAAUGCGGAGAAGGUCCGAGGACCAGUGGAUGUGGGGCAACUUUGUCUAAUUGAAGAUCACCUCACUGGACAUUGGUACAGAGGAAGAGUUCAGAACAAGCAAAAUAAUCUUUACAACGUAUUCCUCAUCGAUUCUGGAAAUGUUUUGACAGUCGGUGACGACCAUUUGGCCAGAGCUUCAGAUGAAUUGUUCAUGCUGUCCCCGAAGAUCGUCUGUGGCUUCUUUGCCAAUGUCUUACCCCUAGAUAAAGGUUGGACACCAGAGGUGGGCAAGUUCCUCUCAUCUCUCAUUGGCACUGUAAUAAAUGGCAACGUCCAUGCCCUGCUGCCGCACAAAGUCCUCAUACUUGAAGCACCUGAAAUAACCAAGGAUUUGUCAAGACAAAAUAUGGGGAGACCUGUUGAUACAGGGACCUUUCUGCUGCUUGUCGAAAUGCUGACAGAAGUUCCAGUUAGGCCAGACUGUGAACAAAUGCUGAUUGAGCAUCCAACGGGAAAUGGGCUUUCUUUCAAACCACCACGUGUUCAAGGCGUUGAAAACAUUCUCUCUUGUUGUGGCUCUCAACAGACAGUGGGUGAAAAGGUGAUGGUCCGUCUGAGUGCUGCCAUUAACUCCCAUGUCUUUUACUGUCAGACUCUGUGCAAAGAAGAAGAACUUCAGUUGAUGUCAGAUAAACUUGCAGAUUUGUGUGAGUCAAAGAAGGAAUUCAUCAAGGAAACAUCAGAAGGAAACCUGGGUCUUCUCUGUGCAGUCAGAGGUAAGGAUGAAACAUGGCACAGGGGCUAUGUACAAACUCUUCCUGUGGAUUCACAAGUCAGAGUCCUGUUUGUUGACUAUGGCUACAGUGAAUUGGUGAAAGUGGAGAAUAUCUGCCAACUUCACCCAGAUUUCCUUGAUAGGCCAAUCAUGGCUUUUCCUUGUGCCCUGUCAAGUCUCAGUGAUGAUGACAAGACGUCGAAGAAAGAGCAAUGUGAUUUACUCAUGAAAGGACUUCUUGGAAGUGCUCUGAGUGUUAAAAUAAACGACUUUGACAAGGAACAGAAUUUUUACCAUGUUACAUUGUGCAGUGCCGAAGAUGUCCCAGAAAAAAAGACGGAGAUGAUUCCAGACAUCGCUCCAGAGACAUGUAAAGCACAUGAGGACAACUCUUCCUCACAACUCAUCCCGUUACGAUGCACAAACGAAACAAAGAUUAUACCCAGCACGACCAUGAAGGAAGACUUUGACAUUGGUGUGGUUUUUGAAGGCUAUGCUGAAUACAUCCUCAGCCCAACAAACUUCUGGGUUAGAACUGCCAAGCGCAAUGAUGACUUUGAAACUUUGAUGGACUUGCUAGCUGAUCAUAUAAGUCCAUUGCAACAAAAUGAGGAUGUUCUAGAAAAUGCAGUACCCGGCACUCUGUGCUUAGCCAUGUUUGAGAAGGAUCUGCACUACUACCGAGCCAUUAUCACAGACACUCUGGAAAAUGGAGUUGAAGUGUAUUUUGUUGACUUUGGUAACACUGAAAAGGUGCCAGGUUGGCUAAUCAAAAAGCUGCCUGAGCGUUUCACCUGUGAACCAGAGUUUGCAAUUAACUGCUCAUUGGCUCAUGUCCUGCCUGUGGAAGAGGUCUGGACUGACACAGUCACGGAAUCCUUCAGGAAAAUUAUAUCGAACAAGGCCUUGAAAAUACAAGUCGUUCAGAAAACAAACGAGCGACUCAUUGUGGACUUGUUUGAAAAUGACUCUGAAAAUGGCGAGAGCAUUUCACUCCUGAUGACAGCAAACAAUAUGGCACAAUAUUGGACUUGCAAACCAACAGCUUCUUCCCCUGUUCUCAAAGAGCAAGACUUGAAACGCAAUGCGAAAACACAAGGGCCAAAAGGAUCCACCAUGCCAGGUCAAGAAAAACUACAAAAAGAAAAUGUACAACCUGACAAGGACUCUGAAGAAAAUGCAAAAGUGACUCAAAAUGGUCCUGACAUGUUUAAAAUACAGAGAUUCAAAGUUGGAGAGGAAUUGAACGUGCGCUGCUGCAGUUUCAUUUGUCCUUCGGAAUUUUGGUGUCAGAUUGAGAACCAGACGUGUGUGUUUGACAAAUUAAUGGAUGGGAUGCAGGUGUUCUACCAGAUGCACAACAAACCAUUAAGCUCCAGUGAUCUCUUCUGUGCAAUAAAAUUGACAGAGGAUGACAAGUGGUACAGAGGCUACAUUCUCUCAAGAAAGCACAUUAACUGUCAGGUGUUUUUGGUGGAUUUUGGGAUAAUCAGAGAGGAGAUGAUGACUAAGCUUCAGGCACUUCUGCCAGAAUUCAACCUGUUGGUAUGGCAAGCAUUCCGAUGCACUCUCUAUAACCUGAUUGAACCUGCAAAUGGGACAACAUGGAGCACAGAAGCAUGCCAGGCUCUGAAGGAGUUCAUGUCCGGGAAGAUUGUGAACUUAAGAUGCACCAUUCAUGCCGAACUGAAUGUGAAAAAUAUCGGCCUGUGCAAUGUUGUUGACCUUCACACACCCUCACAACAAGCAACUACAUUGCUAGUGAGCCAAGGUCUAGCUGUGCAAGUGAACCCCCCUCAGCCACUCAUUGCAACAGCUUACCCACUCUCCUUCAUGUACUCCACCUUUGGCAUCACAAUUGGAAGAAAAGAAGAAGUGUAUGCUACUUAUGUGGCCAGUCCUUGGGAGAUAUAUUGCCAGCUGGGCCGAAAUACUGAAAUUAUUGAAGACCUGAUGGACAAAGUUGGAAAAGAGAGCCAGAAAUCACCAUGUGCUCAGUCCGAUCUGGUUCCCGGAAGCCUUUGUAUUGCAAAAUACUCAGAGGAUGAGCAUUGGUACAGGUCAACCAGCUCGCCCGUCUUCUCCAACCAGUUUCUGAAUGUGUUCUUUGUUGACUUUGGCAACAGACAGAUUGUUGAAAAAAGUGAUGUGAAGCCCUUGCAGCUCAGUGCAACUGACGUGUUGAUGACUCCUAUGCAAGCCCUCAGAUGUUGCCUUGUAAAUGUCCCCAGAGGCGAACCCCUUGCAGAGGUCAACACCUGGCUAGAGAACAACAUUCUGAACAAGCCAGUGCAAGCUACAUUUGUGGGCAAAGACAGUGAUGGAACCUUCAUUUGUGACAUGUUUUGUGAUGGUGCGCACGUUAGUGCAAAAAUCAAAGAGAUCAUUGCCGCCCAUGAAGAAAGCGAGAGGGGGCCUGACAGCACCAAAGAUGGGCCACACGAGAACCAGAGAGAUGGUCAAGCAGUGAAUCGGCAAAACAAAAGACCACAAAAGUCAGAUUCGAAAAAAGAUCGCAAAUGGAUUAAUGCCAAAGCUUACAACUGUCCAAAAAACAAAGCAAACACAGCUGAAACAAUACCAUCAGUAAAGAAAACACUGCAACCUCAAAAGCAAAAGCAGGAAUAUGUCUCCCAACCUCAAAACAAGAAGCAAGAUCAAAUGACAAGACCUCAAAGCGAGAGAAAAGAACAAAGUCUCCAACCUCUACAACAGAAUCAAGAACGGGUUCACCGAACUGGAAGCUGUGCUGUGGCGCUGCCUAAACUUUCCUCUCUCCCUGUUGCCAAGGCAAAACCUGGUUUUGUCGGUGUUGGAUUUUCCUCCUACGUGGAACCCUCUAACAAGUUUUUCAUUCAAAUGCAGGAAGAUGAAACAGAUAUACUCAAAAUGGGUGAGGAUCUCAAUGACCCUUCAUUCAAAGAAAAAGCUGAAAACAUCACAGCAAAAGUACAGAAUGGUGAUCUUGUUGCUGCUGAAUUUUCAGAAGAUGGUGCCCUUUACCGCGCUGUUAUAACCGAUGACUCAAAAGAGGGGCAUUUGACUAUCGAAUUCAUUGACUAUGGAAAUACUGCCAUUGUUGAGCAGAGCCAGCUUUAUAGACUUACAAGUGAGUUUUUAUCCCAGCCCAGACUAUGCACACCUUGCACUCUUGUUGAGACACAUGCUCUUGUGAAUCACUCUUCUUUUGGAGAUGUGCUGAAGGACAAACCUUUUGAUGUGGAAUUUCUCAGACAUACAGGGACACAUUGGGAGGUGGACUUGAAGGAAAUCCAGCAUCCAAUCACAUCAGAGCAUGCCACUGAAAUGGAGGAAGAAGCAACAGAACCAUCAAAGAAAAGCUCAGAGGCUUGCCAGUCUGAAGCUGUUGUUAAACACAAGCAGGAUACAGAGGUUCAAUGCCUGAAAGAAAAUGAGAGAAAAAGGCAGGAGGUGAAUCUGUUUGACAGUCAACCUGUAUCAAGAACAACAAAAGUUGUAUGCAGCAGCCAUGUCAAGAAAAGCAGAUUGAGAAAAAGAAGGACACAGAACAACAUGCAAAAACGUAUAACCGGCAAACGGUCCACAAUGACAAACAACCCUCCUGGUUUGGUGACUGGCAACUCACAGAGUUUUGAAACCCGCCCAGCUAGCAGAGAGACCUCCAUCCCAGAAUUGGCUCAUGUCAGAAAUGCCCUUUGUCUUUCGAAUGACCAAUGGCACAACCUGCUUGCAAAAGACAGAUCAAGUGCAUCACUGCAGGUUACCAGAGGAAUGGCUGAAGAGGGAACACUUCUGUCUGUUCUAGACAAUGGAGACCUGUAUGUCAGACUUGGCUGUGGUGAUGCACAACUCACUGCCCUCCAAAGUCUCAUUGCUGAAACAGAGCCAGAAUGCCAUUUUGUCCCAGUGAACGAUGUGAAGGAAGGUCUUAGAUGCUUGACUAAAUCUCAGAGAAAUAACCAGUGGUGUCGAGCUGUUGUGAGCCAUGUCUCCAUCAAAGAAGGGAAAUGCACCGUUCAGUGCCUUGACUAUGGCGGCACAGAAGUGGCAUCAGUGAAAUCCAUCAAAGCUCUUCGUGAUGACAUCCGCCAAAUCCCAGUCCACGCAGUUCACUGUAGAUGGAAUGGAUGUGGCGAACCAGUCACAGAGUUAAAAGACAUCCUCAGCCCCUUAGUUGGCCAGAAUAUCAGACUGUUGUUUGAGUCCUACUCCGAUGCGCUUCAGCUGUGGUAUGUUGCAAUUCUCAUCAAUGAGUUUUUCAUUCAUCAACAAAGAGCAAAGUCUCACCAUGCCCGUGAGGAAAGAAAAACACCCCUGACCUCAUCUGAUGUUAACCUAUCAGCACACAUGGAACCCAUCGGUGAACAUGAGCAACCAAGAAAAUUGUCCAUGUGUCCAGUUCAGAUUGGGCAAGAGUAUUCUGGCUUUGUCACUGCCGCAACUAACCCAGGUGACUUUUACAUUGCUCUUGAUGACCAAGAUCAAAACAUGAUCACAAAUGCUGUGUCGGGAACGCUGGAGAGCUUACCAGACCUUCGCCCACUGCCUGAUGCCCAUGUCAUUCCAGGGACUGGCUGUUUGAUCAAAUACAAAGAUGCUAACCAGUUGUGUCGAGCAGAGAUACUUCAUGUUGACAGCGCAUCCAUCUUGAUGAAUCUUGUGGACUAUGGAGUUUGUACACACAUUCUUCGGGAAAAUCAGGUCCAGCUCAAAAUCCUGCCCGAAAAGUUGGCAAGGCUGCCAAAAAUAAUCUAUCCUUGCGUAGUGCGAGGAAUCAAACCUGUCAAAGAUGGCCAAUGGUCAGAUCAAGCUGUCCUCUUCUUUCAAGAGUCUAUAAGCCACAAGAACCUGAAAAUUAUCUUCAGACAGUGUGUCUUGGAGACAAAGUGGGAAGUGGACGUUCUUAUUGAUGGAGGAUGUCUUGGCAAAGCACUUGUGGAUGCUGGCCAUGCCUUGUACUUCGAACGUACGCUUGGUCUUGGAUUUGAACAACAGCAUUGUCAAAGAUCUACUGAAGAAUCUGUCACAGACACAAAUCAAACAACAACAUCAGACACACAGUCAAAUCAAAUCUUCAAAGAUGCCAAUCUUCAGCAGACGGGAGAGAGAAAUACAUCUGUGUUCAACGAAGACACAAAAGACAAGGAACUACUUUGGAACAUGCAUGCUAGCAAGGAAUCUUGGAAAAAUGGAGUUGCACCAAACAGCAUGAAGAAACUCACUGAUAUCCCAGCUGGUGUGAAACAAUGUGCCCUGCAGUAAAGCAUGUAUAUAUGAUGGAAUGGUCCAUGGCUGUCAAGCAACAGAUCCAUACGAAAAAUUGUAACUGCAGCAAAACAAAAUCAGAAUUCAAAAUCUUUUUUUUUGUUUUUGUAACGUGACAUGAACGUUGUGACUCGAAUAAUGUCCGUCGCUCCAUGACAAGAACCAUGAAGAUAACACAUUUUUUUCCCCUUCUUUCUUAAGUUAAAUGAUUUCAAGUCAUCUAAAAUGAGUCCUUUGUCAUCAGUUAAAACACGUUUUGACAUGGGUGCGAAGCUGAAUUUUAUGCUCAAAUCGACAUUCUGUAGGGUUUUAUUUCAUACAAUAGUAAUUUUAAAAUGUCGCACCUGCAAUGCGCCCUUUUGUUAAUGUUAUUUGAAGUUUAUCCUGUUUAGUGUAAAAGUAAACGAGUUAUUUGAAUUAUAUUUUUUUUAGAAAGAAAAGUGUUCAUUAAAAUGAAGCCUUGAGAAACUA